AUGAACAAGUAUAUGAGUUCAAGUAGCUCCAUUUUGAAUAAUAGAAAAAAUGUAGAGAAUGCCAUAAAAACUAAUAUAAUGGCUGAAAAAGGCAUGGAGGGGAAUAAGAAUAAAACCAAUGAAGAAAUUUAUUUCGAAAUAAAAAAGAAUUUAUUAAAAUUAGAAAAAGUAUUUUUAGAGAAUGUGCUUUUACAAGUUAAAAAAAAAAACACUGCUGGGAAUAAAAAUUCUGUUGAAAAAUUAGCCAUAAACGAAUUAAAUAAAUACAAGAAAAAUAUUGAAUUGUUAAAGAGCAAAGUAAGCAUAGAAGACAAUACUGACAAAAUAGUUAAACUCGAAAACAAAUUAAAAGAAAAUGAAGAAAUAUUACAAAAAUUAAAUAAUGACAAGGAGGGCCUAGAAAACAUUUCAAAGCAACAAUUAAAAGCGAUAGAUGAAAUUUGUCUAAAUGAAACACAAUUAUCAAUACAAACAAAAUAUGAAGAAAUCAGACAGUUAAAGGAAGAAUUGAUGAAAUUAAAAAAUACAUAUAUGGAAAAUGAAAAUAUAUUAAAAAAAAAGCAAGAACAGCUAGUUAAUAUAGAUAGUCAGCUAAAGAAAAAAAUUUUUGCCAUUAAGAAUGCGAAAAAUAGUAGUAACAAUAAUAGCGGAAAUGCUAGUAGUAACAAUACCUUAAUGGGGAAUAAUAGUAAAAAUCUUUCGAAUUACCAAAUACAAACAUUGAAGGCCCAAAUAGAUAUGAUAAAUGAGAAUAUAAAUGCCGAUACACAAUUUUAUGAGGAAAAAAUAUCCGAACUAGAGAACAAUAUCACGUCAUCUCAGAAUGACAUUGAGUUUUUAAAUUCACAAAUUGAAGAAAUAAGGAAGAACAUUGAAAAUGUCACCUUAGAUAUAAAAAAAAUGAGAAAACAAAAAAGCGAAAAGUAG